GCACGAUAGUGAGUGGCAGUGUGUUGCUGCGUCGAGAGUGUGGCGCGCGGAGGCGGGGGCAUCGACAGAAGUUUUAUAGUGGACUUUUCAAACCUUCGAUCAAGCCUUCUGUCCCCUUCUUCGUGUGUACUAAUACUUGACCCCAUCAUUUGCCGUCAUUAUUAAAUCCUCAUGGGGACAUGUUCGAAUACCCUACUCCUCAAAGGCGACUCGCAGCACACGCACACAAUGGCCAAGUACAUCUAAUUAGACCGUCACGCCGACAUGAUCGACCCCCUCACCGCCAUCGGCGGCCUAGCCGCUGUCCUCCAGCUUUCCUCCGCCGCGGCAAAGGUUGUGGACGCCUUGUGCAAGUUUGCCGAGGACGCUCGGUUUGCGAGGGCCGAGAUACAACGGUUUGCCGGCCAGGUCCGGACGUUCUGCCACAUCAUCACUAUCGCCCGAAACAACUUGCGUCGGUACUGCAGGGAGUUCUCGAAAUCCCCGCUGGUGAAGUACAUCUCCAAGCACAAUGUGCUCGACAGUAUUUGCUCCGAGGCCGCGGCGGUCGAGCAACAUAUUUGGGACAUCGAUCUCGAGGUUGCCAAGUUAGAGAGCCAGUCGGCGUUGUGGGCAAGCAUCAAAUGGGUCUUCAAGAGAUCCUCCAUCCUGGAGCUGUCUCCGGAAAUGCAGAGUCUCAUGGCAAGCCUCAACCUGUUACAGUCCACCGCGAUGCUGGAUGCCGCACUUCGUUCCGGGAAGGACAGCCGCCGGGAAGCCAGGAGUCUACGGCGCGAGAUCAAAUCACUCGUCAAAACGGUCGACCAGUCCCAGUUGCAGCUUUCCAAUCGUCGCCAACGCGCUGAGAGACCGCCGGACCUCAACUACGUGCGCCAUGACGCAUUGAUCGAGCUAGCCGAGAGCAUGCGCAAGCACAACACGGUUCCCGAGUCUCCUGGGUCUUCCUCGCCCCUGAGCUCUUCGAAUGAUUUCGGUGCGCCGCAAAUCCCGCCGGGCAGCAACAGCAAAGUCCUGCACGUCAGGGCGGAAGAUCUCACCGAGAGCGUCACCGGCUGGGUGCGAGAGCCGACCGGGACCUUCCGCGGCACCACGGCGUACCUGGCGGAGAAUCUGGACGGAAACAUCAUCUCGGCUAGCCGAGCGAGCGAACUCGGCUUCGACAUCGUCGAACCACCGCCGGGACGGGACGACGGCGGCGGCGGGCAAGUCACCUUCUUCCAGUUUGAUGACGCCGGCGAGUCCCCCGUGCGCAGUAUCGGGAGAGCGGUCAUCCACUGGCGGAAGUUCCAGCAUCACGACGCCCGGUAUCCGACGCUCACUCUCACGUGCGACGUGUGCGAGAAUACCAGCGUUGGCUUGAUCCUGGGCAGGCCGUUCCUGGAGGAGAUGGCGCGGCAGUGGCGGAAACGGGUUCCGAGUGCAAACGUUUCAAACUUUGGUUUCUUCUUCCAGUAG